AUGAGCUCAGAGCAGAAGAUCCUCUUGGGGCCGCCUUCGGCCCACACCGCAUCGGUCACCUUCACCCGGGCGCCUGAGCCUAGCAAGGCGGAGGCACGAAGCGAGCGCAGCGAGCGCAGCGACUCGCACACAAGCCAGCAAAGCCAGCCGAGCCGGCCGAACCCAAGCCGGCUUCUGGCUGUGCUUUCCCAUUCCAGCUCCCCACGCGGCCUAAGCAGCGCACGGUCACCCGCCAGUCCCACGUACCCACGAGGCGCUGCACGGUCACCUGUCUUCGCGUACCAUACACAUAUCCAGCAGAAGGUGCCCUUUGCUGAAGUGGCAUGGCAGAGGCGAAGUUCUUUAGAGCUCCAGCUCCCGCCGCCACCUCGCAGUUUUCCAGCACGGGAUUCCGAGCUUCGCCCUGCCGAUCUCAAGCUCACGGUCCUGACAUCGGACAGUCGCUUGGAGACCUUGAUGUUCCGCGAGGGCAACUUUGAGCAACAGGCCUUGGAGUUCCUGAUGCAGAAGAAGCUCAAGGCUCUGCGUAUCAGCAUUCACCCCACAUUUUCGCAGUUUUGGCUCUUGGUGAGUUUAGUGAUGAGAGCCCGCUUGGUCUUGGUUUUCGCGGCUCACCAUGUUCAUAGAAGGCUGUGCAACACGCGAUCUGCACAACGCUUCAUCCAUUCUCGCUUGCCACCGCCACUGCCACUGCUGAUUCAGCCGUAUGUUCUGUUCCACUCCGUCUUCGUCUUUCUCCUCUGCGAGUCUCUGGUGCGGGUAUGGGACUUGAUGCAGGCAAGCAACUGGCUUGAUCCGUCAAGCUUCCGAUGUGGGGCCGCUGCUGCCCGCGGCACACCCGGGGCCAUCAUGAGACCCUUACGCUGGAUGGCUUUGGCCUGCCCUCCUGUUACCAUCAUAACUUCUCUGGUGACACUUCGCCACUUGUGGCGCCAUCAUGUUGCAAAAGAGCGAACCUUCGACAAGAGCUUGCGCUGGUAUCCUUCACACUCGCAUGACUUAGCCAUGCAAGUUGCCACCAUGCCGCUGAUUUACGGCGUCUUCGCCCUGGACUGCGUGAUUCAAAUGCUGUUGCUGCUAACCGGAAGCGUUUUCCGGGAGUUCAAGAGUGUGGACGUAUCCAAAGAGCAGCUUCGCCAUCUAACGCAGGAGCGGUAUGGGACGAAUUUGGAAUUGGCGGACCUCUACGAAGCCUGGGCAUUGUACAACUUCGGCCGCCUAUGCCUCAUGCGAGUUCGCCGGCAGAUCCGCCAGGAAAUCCCUCUGUUGCGACGGUCUUUGACCAUGCCAGAGAGCGAGCAUGCGAAGUUGCUGAUCUUCCGGGACCCCGAGCGCUUCCUGUUCCGGCCUUUGGAGGUGACCACCGGCAUCGGUGUGAAGAUCUUCGUGUACACUUGUGCCGUGAAGUCCUUGUUUGCGUUAACCAUCACCUUCUUCGCUGAUGCACCGUUUCACAUCAAUUUGAGCGAGACAGUGCCGUGGGCCUUGCAGCUGCUUCCGCACAUGGAUGGAGCCGCAUUCAUGACGUCCACCAUCGCGAUCCUGAGUUUGAUUGCCAUCGAGCACGGUUUCCAUGAGAUCCUGCAGCUACAAGGUUUCGCUCCGGUUCUCAAGUUCCUUGGAGUGAAGGCCUUGGUCACCAUCACAUGUUUGCAAACUCUGGUCAUGGGUCUCGUGAUGCAGCGGGGGCUGUUGCGGUCCGACGAAGCGAGCCUUUGCUAUGCUUGCCUCCUUUGUUUCGAAGUCCUGCCUCUAGCCCUGUUGACUGCGGAAGCCUGGAAACCUCGCUAUGCGGGCGACUGGUACGACGCUGAUUGUGGAUGGGGCCAGGAGGGCAACGGGCAUUUGGGCCGCCUCGCAGGGGAAGGCGACUGGGCCGAGUCUUAUGCUGUGCUGCCCGGGGCCCGGCUCUCGGCCGCGGUCUCCAGGGCCUCCUUUAUUCGACAAGAGGACUCCAAAGGCGAAGAGAUUGGGUCCUCCGAGCUCGUCCGCUGGAACUCCUUCUGCGAGCUCAAGCGAGUUUGGUGA